CGCUCUCUCGCGCACACGUCAUCAGCUGUGGCCCACUAACAACAAGCCCGUGGCCACCAGAUGUAUUUUCGUGUUGUUGCUGGUUUGGCUGCAUUGGAUUUCUCCUCAACUGCAGGCUGAAAAAAGUCAAAUAAAAAAGGGAAUUCGGUGCCAAACAUUCCGCGACCACGCAACAAAUUGCAGCCAAGCAGCACGUGCCACUUGUGCCGAAAAUAAAAAUAAACCGGGCGAGAGAAGGCGCCGCAUUUGACAUUGAACAACAUUCGCGGUGCGAAAAUAAAUCUAGGAAAUAAAUUUAAGACCCACACAAACAAACGGCGAUAUCAGCUGUUCGGCAAGUGCGUGCGGCGGAUAAAAUUCAUUAUUAAUUGUGCCAUCGGCGAAUAGAGGUGCUUUCCCAUUUCCCUCCGCAUUUUCCACAUUCCCCCGCGGCGGUGAGUCGAUUUUUCCGGGCAGCGAUAACAGGAAACUGCGAGCAUAUUACGCACUAACCCGAGUGUUGUGUAAUCGAAGUCCCGCAAAUAUGAGCGCUGCUACUGUCCAUGAGGCGCCCAAGAAGGCGGUGGCCUCCAAUGCCAUCAAGUUCCUCUUCGGCGGCCUCUCGGGAAUGGGAGCCACCAUGGUGGUGCAGCCUCUGGAUUUGGUCAAGACCCGCAUGCAAAUCUCUGGAGCCGGCGGCGGCAAGAAGGAGUACCGCAACUCCUUGCACUGCAUCCAGACCAUCAUGAGCAAGGAGGGACCUCUGGCCGUGUACCAGGGCAUCGGAGCUGCUCUGCUGAGACAGGCCACCUACACCACUGGAAGAUUGGGCAUGUACACGUAUCUGAACGAUGUGUUCAGGGAGAAGUUCCAGAGGAGUCCCGGCAUCACGGACAGCAUGGCCAUGGGCACGAUUGCCGGAGCCUGUGGCGCCUUCAUUGGAACGCCCGCGGAGGUGGCACUGGUGCGCAUGACCUCCGACGGCAGGUUGCCGGUGGCCGAGAGGAGGAACUACACGAAUGUGGCCAACGCUCUGGCCAGGAUUACAAGGGAGGAAGGCCUUACGGCCCUUUGGCGUGGCAGUCUGCCUACGGUGGGUCGCGCCAUGGUCGUCAACAUGACCCAACUGGCCAGCUACUCGCAGUUCAAGACCUACUUCCGCCACGGACCGCUCCAGAUGGAGGAGGGCAUCAAGCUGCACUUCUGCGCCAGCAUGCUGAGCGGUCUGCUGACCACCAUCACCUCCAUGCCGCUGGACAUUGCCAAGACCCGUAUCCAGAACAUGAAGAUGGUCGAUGGCAAGCCGGAGUACAGCGGCACAGCCGACGUCCUGCUGCGCGUGGCCCGCCAGGAAGGUGUCCUCGCCCUGUGGAAGGGAUUCACGCCCUACUACUGCCGCCUGGGUCCCCACACCGUGCUGACCUUCAUCAUCUUGGAGCAGCUCAACCAGGGCUACAACAAGUACGUUCUGGGCUCGGACAAGAGCACUGGCCUGUAAAUACCAAUAUCCCAUAUCCAACGAUCAACGAACGAUGAACCAUGCGUGUAUAUACGACGUUAAGUUUAAACAAAACUUAGGGCAUUUAAAUGUCGGCAAUUCCGGUGACAAUAUUACAUGAUAACGAUUAGCUUGAAUGUUGAAACAGUUUUUUCUAGCGCCAUAAGUAUAAAGUGGAUUCUCAAUAAAGCACAAAAUGUUACAUUCGC